AUGUUAUUGCCAAGGUUAGGAAUUCAUGCUUUCAAAGCGCCAUCGAGGAGUGUAAAAAUAGCACUUCCAGCUGCAUGGCAUGCUUAUCCAGCCUUAAGGCUAUUUUCAACGAUAGAAAAGAAGCCGUUAUUAACCCCCUUGCAUUCCAAACAUAGACCCAUUUUAAGUCAAACGCUGAACUUAAGACAUCAGAAAUUUCACACUUUAGGUCCUCAAAGGUUUCAAAAUUCUCCACCCAAUUUUCGGAUCUAUAAUUUUUCGCCGAUCACUGUGACACUUGCCUUCAUCGGUUUGAUUUCCGUCUUCUUCUUUAUUUUACCUCUUGUCUUCACAUUCUUCUUCCCACUGGUUAUUGCGGCAAUUGUUGCUUAUCAGUUCAAGAAAUGGAAGUCUCAUAUGCUUUUCUCGCAGUUACACAACAGCCUCCAAAGGACAAAGUUGAAAAUAAGCUACUCGUCGUUGUCUGCGCUGCAGACGUCAGUAAUUGGUAACGUGCUCAAGAAGGAGAAUAUUUCCAAUGACAUGUUUAAUAUGGUAAAGUCGCAGCUGAAAAGUAAUUCAAUGUGGAUGGACGAUACAGUAAGAGAUCGCGCAGAUAGAACAUUAAACUUUUUAGAGGCAAGAGUCCUUGAGGCCUUCAAGAAAAACGAGGGUGGUGUUCGCCAGUACUUUUUGGGCGAUGAUGUAACUAACUGGGUUCAAGAUGGCUACGAUCUAAGGCUUGAUACUCAGUUUUUCCGUACAAGAGGAAGAAAUAUCAAUGGAUCCUUGGUUAUGAUGAUGUCUUAUCCUCUAUAUUUGACGUCCACAAGACAAGGGCAGCGCUUAUUGGCAGAUGUAUCGCUCGUUUUCUGUGACAACAGCCUAAUUGAUGGUGGUAAUACCUUCAAAUUUCUGUCAGAGCUUGCCAAAGAAGACCGAAAAUGCCCUAUGAUUAUUACCAUCAAAUCAACAAGAACUCUUUUUCCUAAGCAAUUUAUUAUCGAGACUCUGGGGGAUUCAGGUCAAGAGUUGUCUAACUACUCUGUUCACACAAUGAAAGAUGGUCACCGACAAUUCACCUAUCAUGAAUAG